GAGCGGUACUUUCAUUAUUAAAUUUCCGGUCAACAUGGCAGCUUCGAAGCCUGAUACGGAUUCCGUUUCAAACAUCCCAGAAUACGAGUACGGCAACGCAAACACCACUACGAUUCACAUUGAUUCCUUCAGAAAAGAGUGGCUGAAAAGACUACAGCCGUCAGAAUACUCCUACACCGCCGAGGACGAAGACACAUUUCACGCCAACUUCGCUCACGAGACUGGAAUCAGCGUGGAUACGAUGCGGGAGCUUCAAAAAGUCUGCAGCAUCUCCUCGCUUCGCUGCCAUCCCGAGGACGAGCAGCCUGACCCAGAAGUCGUACCUGAAGACUCCAUACUAAAAACUCUCGUGGAAAGGAAGAAAAAACAAGAUUACAAAUCAACGCUAAAAAUUAGCAAAAACAGACACGAACUGUACGCGGAUGAGCAGGAGCGACUGGCCACUACGAUGAACCCAGAAGCCGCGGAAAAUCGGGUCCCCGAAGGAGACGUCAUUCUGACCGUUAACGUGUACUAUCCAGCUACAUUCGAAAAGUUCUGCUACGUUCGGCCCCACGUGACCCUGUUGCUACUGGGCUCCCAAAAACUAACGGAACUACGGGACGCCAUUUGCUGCGCUAGCGACUUGCAGGUGUACGGCGAGUUCAGCAACAAUCCCGACGUGGCGCCAGAUUUCGUCAGCAAAGACCACUACAAAUCCGCAUUCUUUUUCCUUGAAGGCGUGUUUUAUAACGACAUGCGCUACCCGGAGUGCCGCGACAUCAGCCAGACCACGAUCACAUGGGCCAAGGCUAACAAAUUCCCCUCGUACACCCAGGCCAAUAUGGAGGACACCACGCUUGUGGAUCUCAAGGUGAAAGUGGGCUUCCCCUACCUCUACUGUCACCAAGGCGACUGCGAGCACGUUGUCAUCAUUACGGAUGUCAGGCUGACGCACAAGGACGACUGCCUGGACAGGACGUUGUACCCGAUGCUAAUACACAAACAUCGGAUCGCGACGCAGAAAUGCGCCGUUUGUUACACGUUCAUCGCCAGGUGGUGCACGGUCGGCGACCAGUUCGCGCCGAGUCACCCGUGUCUGUUUUGCGACAAGUGCUUUCGCAAGCUGCACUACGACGCCGACGGGAACAAGCUGGGAGAAUUUUUGGCUUAUCCUUACGUGGAUCGCGGCGCUUUCAACUGAUGUUUUUUGUGUUGUUGUUUGUAGUACACUUUUUUUCGGUAUAGUUGUAAAAUUGUAAAUACGGAAAUCAUGUUGACUUGGUGGCCAAAGAUUUAAGCUAAAAAAAUCAUGUUACUCAACAGCACUUUCAAAUGUUUUUUUUUUUUUUUUGAUCGGCGACUUCCUGUUUUGAUGAAUGUUUUUGAGAAAAUCGUAAUAAAGCUAAUACUAGACUUGCACGAUACUGUAUAUCGUUUGAGCAUCUCCAUCGCAGGAUGUUCGAUUUUUUUUUCCUAAACACAUGUGCGAUUAAAGUAUGUAAAAAAAUGUCAA